AACGAAAAAAAAAGAGAGAGAGAGAGAGAGAGUACGAUACUAAAAUAGACCUUUCAUGUAUGCAAUUACUUACAGGAAGCAAAAUAACAAAAGUUCUUCACUAUAUAUAUAUACUCACACCUCUCGCUUGGAAAUAUCAAAAUCAAGGGUUUCGUCGUCUCUUGUAACCGACCACUCGCUUUGACUCGCUUGGACUCGCUUUGACUCGCUUGGACUCGCUUGGACUCGCUUUGACUCGCUUGGACUCGCUUUGACUCAGGUAACGGGCAGGAAUCUGAGUUUGUGAAAAGCCAGAAAUGCUUCCUCUGUAUUUUUCUGAUUUGAAUGGCUGGUACCUUCAUGGAUGUUCAUGACCAUGAAAUCUGUAUGGACAAGAAGAAGAUUCUGGUUCAAUGCAGCUACUGUAAGAAACAUAUGACUUCCUUCCAUUGUCUGAAACACUUGGUUGGUCCCCGUGAACAAGUUCUUAUAAAGACGUUUUGAAAGAUGUUGAUGGAGGAAACAUCUGGUCAUACUCCUAACAGAGUUGGGGAAGUCCAAAUGGGUAAUGGUCAUAAGCGUGAAAGAAGUGAAGAGGCUGAUAAGCAGGAUUUGGUGUCAAACAAAGCCCAAAAGUGGUUCUUCCAAAAAUGUGUCAAUUUUUCAGCUGUUGAUUCCCCAAGUUUCAAAGAAGCAUUGAAGGAAGUGCAAGAUCGUGUGAAGAAGAUUAAAGAUUCAUGGGCGAUGACUGGUUGCAGCAUCUUGUUGGAUGCUUGGGUUGACCAGAAAGGCCAUAAUUUGGUUUCUUUUGUUGCAGAUUGUCCAGCUGGGGCAGUGUAUCUGACAUCCUUUGAUGUUUCAGAUAUUAAAAACGAUGUCAUUGCCUUAACAUCGCUAGUAAAUGGGCUCAUUGAGGAAGUCGGAGUGCGUAAUGUAACUCAGAUCGUUGCAUUUUCAACCUCUGGUUGGGUUGGUGAAUUGGGAGAACAAUUUGCGAGUCACAACAAUGAAGUUUUCUGGUCUGUGAGUCUAUCCCACUGUUUUGAGCUUAUGCUGGUGAACAUUGUGAAAAUGUAUUCCUUUGGAGACAUACUUGGAAAGGUCAAUAGUAUCUGGGAGUUCAUCAACAAUAGUCCCUCGGUUUUGAAAAUCUUCAGAGAGCAAGGUCAUGGAAAAGACAUAACAGUCUCCUCCUCCGAGUUCGAGUUUGUGACGCCAUAUUUAAUACUAGAGAGUAUUUUCAAGGCGAAGAAAAGCUUGGCAGCCAUGUUUGCUUUAUCUGAUUGGAAGAAAAACUUGAAAGCAAUGUCCAAUUUGGUGAAAGAUUCCUCUUUUUGGAAAAAAGUUGAAAGAGUUGUGAAAUGUACAUCUCCUCUGAUUCACGGUCUACUCUUGUUUUCUACUGCAAACAACCAGCAUGUUGGAUAUAUUUAUGACACUAUGGACAGGAUAAAGGAGAGUGUCGCGAGGGAACUUAAUCACAGUAAACAAUGUUACAAGCCGUUUUGGGAUGUGCUUGAUGAUGUCUGGGACAAGCACCUUCACAAUCCUCUUCAUGCUGCUGGCUACUUUCUGAACCCGAGUGCUUUCUAUUCAACUGAUUUUCAUCUUGAUCCAGAAGUUGCAACUGGUCUUAUCUUCUCUCUGCUUCAUAUGGAACAAGAACGUCACAUUCAAGUGAAAAUUGCCGCACAGCUUGAUAUGUACAGACUCGGUCUAGAUUGCUUUAACGAGGCCAGUCAAGCUGAUCAAAUCUCUGAAAUAUCUCCAGCUGAGUGGUGGGCUCAAAAGGCAAGCCAUCAUCCAGAACUACAGAAUUUUGCAUUUAAGAUUCUGAGCGAGACAUGUGAAGGUGCUUCAAGGUACAAACUGAAGAGAAGCUUAGCAGUGAAGCUGUUGCUCACUGAAGGAAUGAGCCAUUGUGAACGAAAACAUCUGGAAGAGUUGGCGUUUGUUCAUUACAAUCUUCAUCUACAAAGCCAAACUUAAGUGAAGAGCAUUGAAGAUAUUGUGAUGCACAUGUUUGUAUGGAUUGACCCGUUCAGCUUUUGUCACUGCGCAGAUUCAGUUUUGUAGUUUGUAUAUUCAUCAAGGCUCAUGUUUAGAACCAUUAUUGGUAAAUCGAGCAGAAUUAGGCAUCAUUGUUCAUGUAUGCUUUAGUGAGAAACAUAUGAUAGAACCCGAAAUCAAAGAUUCACCAGGAACAAAUGAUCUUUUAUGUAGUUGUUUUUUCUUCCAAAAAGCAGUACUUUUUAGGGUUCAUUAUGAUGGAUUAUAGGGUUUGCUCGUUGAGAUUCGAUCUCCAAAACUUGGUUGAUCCAUUUAGUAUAAAGCAAGUAGGAGGUAUACUUAACCAAGUCGAGAUAUCUCAAGUCUUUCAUUGUGACGGCUUACUCCUAUGCGUCACUAAGGACAACUCAAGGCUUGUGGUAUGGAAUCCCUAUUUGGGGCAAACUAGAUGGAUCCAACCAAGAAUUAACUUCCACAGGGUAGACAGGUAUGCUCUCGGGUAUGAUAAGAACCGUAACCACAAAAUCUUGAGGCUUUCCGGUGAUACAAAUAGCAAAAGCCAAGUUUUGUGUUAUGAAAUCUACAAUUUUAGCUCUGAUUCAUGGAAGGUUUUUUAUGACACUCC